CAUUGCUGGUUGGGGCUUGCCCUGAUGGUGAAGAAGAGACUCGAGUGCAUGGAUGCUUAUAUCGUUAUGCCUUCGUACCCCGUUGAUGAUGUUCGGUACAUUGAGAAAACGAAGGGCGAAGGUGGAAAUGGACGAGCUUUGAACCCGAGGGCCAAGCCACACGUGAAGCAAUGGCAUUUGGCUCAGAAAAGGUCCUUAUGUCGCUACUGGCACAUGCUAAUUCACUUUGCGCUCUGGUUUUCCGCCUUUCAUGGUCGGAUUUGCGAUUUCACGCCGGCGGAAAUAUUUAGACAGACGUGGGUCUAGUAGUUCUAGUGGCUCUGCCUGUGCCUAGCAACACGUGCAGUGGCGCCUCAAAUUUAUUCACUGACAGAUACCUUGAUGCUGAAG